GGGCCAAUAUUUUUUUUCAUUUUCAUUUUUUUUUUAUUUUAAAAAAGAACAAUUGGGAGAUCAGAUUUCAAGAGCGGGCUCGCAGCUGUGCAUAAAUGGCAGAACUUAACCUGGCCCAAGAUUUAAAUUGUCGCCGCUGUUAAUGGAACAAAUGAUUUCUCUCGCUUUGAAAUUGAAAGUAUCGAAAAUCGCUGGUUUUCGGUAAAUGGCACUUGUCAUUCUUUCCAAAUGAUUGAAAUCUGAUCUAUGGCACUCGCUCUUUUUGUUAAAUGUGAUUCCUUAUGUAAUUUUAGAUUAUGAAUCAAUCUGAUUGCAGCCUGCAAGCCCAAGGGCUCUGACCAUAGUUCACUUGAAGACUUGCAACUCGGAAGUGGCAUGUAGGAUGUAAUUGUUCAACUAAUUCCCGAGUUUGCCAUUGAGCAGUUUCUUUAAUUGAGGGGGAGGAUUGUUAAUUCAGCUAGAAGAAACCUGCUGAAUUCGCUCAUUGUGAAAGAGCCAGCAGCCAUAGAUUUGGCAUGGAAUUAGCAGACAGAGCAGUUGGGUUUCUGUUAUCAUUCAUCAGUUUAUCCAUCUUCACUUAUUAUACUUUCUGGGUCAUUAUUCUGCCAUUUGUUGACAGCGACCACUUUGUCCACCAGUAUUUCCUGCCACAAGAAUAUGCCAUACUCAUACCCGUAUUUGCUGGUGUAGCACUUCUCUGCUUCUUAUGCAUGUUUAUCGGAUUUGUGAUGCUUAAAUCAAAAAAGAAGAAAGCAUAAGGCAAAUGUUUUAGCCAUUUCCAUGUAUUCUAGUAUAUUAAGAUUUUGUAGUCUAGCCUGGAAUUUUGAACUUGUUUAGCACGUUGGUUGCUGUGGACGAGAUUGUAAAGGGCUUAUUUUACUUCUGAUAUUAUACAACAUGUUUCUUCUUUAAAAGGAGGUUUAAUCGCAA